CCCCUACGUUAUGUGCUAAACUCACUGAUAUGAAUAUAACGUUCCUUCUUGGUGUAUGUCUGAGUCGCUCAUCAUGGAAACGGACGCGUCUCUCCUGGGUGUUGAACUGGAGCAGGAACAGCAAGAAGAGCUGUAUCAACAACUUUUGCUUCAGAGCAUGGGGAAAAUGCAAAACGACAGUCCCCCUUCCAAAGUCAUCCGUCCACAGCCAGGCAUCUGCGUGAAGACCUCCUCAGUGUCAGAAAAACAGAAGGUCUUUCUGAAUAUCUGUCAGACACAGGCGGUACCGCCCCCUCCUCCUCUGUCCCAGGAAGCACUCGUGAAACUACUGGAGUCAGAGGACCCGACGAGUUACAGAGUGCCCAUGAGUCUCGGCGAGCCACACACGGAAGUGGACAACAGUUCACAAGGCUGUACUGUGUAUGAUGUCGUGAUCAAUGAUGAGUUCUUCCAGAAAUGUCAGAAAGAUACCCUAUUCCAGCAGUUUCUUAUUGCAGUUUCUUUGGAGGGACUGGAAAACAAAUACAACCUUGAGUUAAGCAGAGAUAUUAAGAUUUUGAAGAACAGGAAGUUCAUGGGCUCUGUAGCAGAACAAAGCAUUCGUACCAAGAGCAAGCCAAUUAUUCAGGAAGUUACCUCAAAGGAACCUCACUCCUUGCCUUCAUCAACCAAACGUCCAGAAUUCAGUUUAUUAGUGGAGCCCUCAAUUGGAAAUGCGGAGUAUCUGAUCGCUGAGAUCUUGCUUCCUGGAGUGAUAUCUGCUCGCUCUCUUGUUUUGGAUUUGGGAGAAGACAGACUAGUGCUGAUUGCCCGACCUGCUCUUUUCCAUUUGGAUAUUUUCUUUCCUCUGCUUAUUGACCAAGAAAACAGUGUUGCCCAGUACAACACAAAUACGCAGACGCUCACAGUGACCAUGCCAGUAGUGUCUUCAUAAAAUCUGCAAGACUAUUAUUUCAUAAUAAACUGACGUUAUUUUGUACACAGA